AUGGCAACUGAGAGCAAAGCCGAACCAUCCAAGCUCGACUCGUUGAACGAUGACGCCUACCUCCAACGACUGGGCAAACGGCCGGUCCUCAACCGCAGCUUUGGCUUCAUGUCCAUGUUGGGCUUCUCGUGCUCAGCUCUGCUGUCAUGGGAAGGCGUGCUGGUCACCUCGGUGCCCGGGCUCUUGAACGGCGGCCCAGCGGGUGUGAUAUACGGGUUCCUGAUCAGUUGGAUCGGCACCAUAUCUGUCUACGCUGUGCUGGCAGAACUUGCUUCCAUGGCCCCAACCACCGGCGGACAGUAUCACUGGGUGGGCAUGCUGGCACCUAAGUCCUGCAGAAAUUUCCUCGUCUACCUAACCGCCUGGCUUACAACCACGGCGUGGCAAGCUAUCGCCGUUUCGACCGGAUACAUCACGGCGACCUUGCUACAGGGCAUCGUUGUGCUAGCUCAGCCAUCCUAUGUCCCAGAACCCUGGCACACGGUGCUCAUUCUGUGGGCGGCCAUGCUGUUUGCCGUUAUCAUGAACUCGACCACGAGCCAAGCGCUGGCCAGAUUCGAAGGCCUCAUCCUCGUUCUCCACCUGGCGGGCUUCUUCGGGGUGCUGGUGCCGCUGGUGUACUUUGCGCCGCAUAACGAUGCGCAAACCGUCUUCACGUCGUUCAUCAACGCCGGAGGCUGGUCGCCACAGGCCUUGUCCUUCCUCAUUGGCUUCCCUACGGUAGCUACCUCCCUCGUGGGUGCGGACUGUGCCGUGCACAUGUCGGAGGAGAUCCAGUCGGCCGCUCUUGUUGUGCCCCGGGCACUGAUGUUUACCAUCUUUCUCAACGGCCUGUUUGCCUUUGGCAUGAUUAUUGGUCUCAUGUUCUGCCUGACCGAUUUGGAAUCGGCCCUGGGAGCGGCAACGACCAUGUUCUACCCCUUUUUGCAGAUCUUUUAUUCGGCUGUUGGCUCGACCACGGGCGCCUGUCUCAUGGCUGGGGUCAUUCUAGUCUUGGCUGUUGCUAGCAGUGUGAGCGUCUAUGCUUCGGCUUCACGCAUGCUGUGGUCGUUCUCGCGCGAUAAAGGCCUACCGUUUCACAGACAGCUUGUCAAGCUUUCUCGCAAUUCUCUCCCCGUCGUUGCCAUUGUCACCACCUUGGUGAUAACCAUGCUGCUCUCGCUCAUCGCCCUCGGAUCGGCGGUAGCCCUUAGCGCUCUGCUGUCCCUGAUCAUUUCAGCAUUGUAUUCUUCCUAUCUUUUGGUAUGCUGUUUGCUUCUCUGGUGUCGUAUUACUGGCAAGAUCCAGUCUCACAUCAGCGGCUCCGAUGUUACAGAGCUUGGCUUUCUUACUUGGGGGGUAUGGAGAAUCCCUGAGCCGUUGGGGACUAUGAACAACAUCUUCGCAAUCCUCUACACUGUUUUCCUCCUAUUCUGGUCAUUCUGGCCGCAGACCAACCCUACAACCCCUGAGACGGCGAAUUGGAGCAUCCUAGUCUUCGGCUCAGUGGUCAUCUUCAGUAUCUUCUGGUAUAUUGUGCGGGCUCGGCAUCAUUUCAAAGGUCCUAUCAAGGAGGCUUGA